CGCUUUGACAGUACCGAUAGGGGCAGCAGGCAGGCUCGACUCGCCCUCCCGGAAACUCUGCAGCCGCAGCGGGUCUGAUCAUUUUAACAUCGGGGUUCGGUCCAACAUGGCGGCGCACGGAUGGAAAUACUGAUGACAGUCCGAAAGAUCGCCUCGAUUUGUACGAUGGGCGCCAAUGCCUCUGCCUUGGAAAAGGAGAUUGGACCGGAACAGUUUCCUGUUAAUGAACACUACUUUGGAUUGGUCAACUUCGGCAACACCUGCUACUGCAACUCGGUGCUGCAGGCUCUGUAUUUCUGCCGACCGUUCAGGGAGAAGGUGCUGGCGUACAAGGUGCAGCCUCGGAGGAAGGAGUCCCUCCUCACCUGCCUGGCCGACCUUUUCAACAGCAUCGCCACCCAGAAGAAAAAAGUCGGAGUCAUCCCUCCCAAGAAAUUCAUCUCUCGGCUAAGGAAGGAAAACGAGUUGUUUGACAACUACAUGCAGCAGGACGCCCACGAAUUCCUCAACUACCUCCUCAACACUAUCGCAGACCUCCUCCAGGAGGAGAAGAGCCAGGAGCGACAGCAGAACGGAAAACUGGUGCAGAACGGGAGCGGAGGAGGCGGAUGUGGUGACGGAGGGGGAGGCGGGGGUGAAGGCGACGGUGGGAAGGGGACGCAGCAGACGUGGGUCCACGAGAUCUUCCAGGGAACGCUGACCAACGAGACACGCUGCCUCAACUGCGAAGCUGUGAGCAGUAAGGACGAGGACUUCCUGGAUCUGUCGGUGGACGUGGAGCAGAACACUUCGAUCACACACUGUCUCAGGGGCUUCAGCAACACAGAGACGUUAUGCAGCGAGUACAAAUAUUACUGUGAGCAAUGUCGCAGCAAACAGGAAGCCCAGAAACGGAUGAGGGUAAAAAAGCUGCCCAUGAUUCUCGCCCUCCACCUCAAGCGCUUCAAGUACAUGGACCAGCUGCACCGCUACACCAAGCUGUCCUAUCGCGUCGUCUUCCCGCUGGAGCUCCGCCUUUUCAACACGUCAGGCGACGCCACCAACCCCGACCGCAUGUACGACCUGGUCGCUGUUGUCGUGCACUGCGGCAGCGGCCCCAACCGCGGACACUACAUCACCAUCGUCAAGAGCCACGGCUUCUGGCUGCUGUUUGAUGACGACAUUGUGGAGAAAAUCGACGCGCAGGCGAUCGAGGAGUUCUACGGCCUGACGUCCGACAUCUCCAAGAACUCCGAGUCCGGAUACAUCCUGUUCUACCAGUCCAGAGACUGACGCAGCCAGCGGUGAAUUCCCCCAGCAGACUGUCUGGACGUGGCAGACGAGCCGCCGGCUGCCUCCAGUACGCUCACACAAGUAUCCGGGCUUUAUAUUCCCCCUGCGGCAGGGAGCGGCUUUGACCCCGGAGCGCCGCUUGGGGAAACGGGUUCGAGGCGCGUGCCGGUUGCAUGCCUGCCUCCGGGACGCCAAAUCCUCCGAGACCACACUGCAACAAGCACCUUGAUAUACCAAGAAACCCCCCACUGUCUAACACUCGCUUUGCACUAUUGCACCAGGAACGGAGACCAGUGGCUGAACCGAUCAUGUGUGUUUUUUUAGCGGCUUCAGAGGAGGCAGCAGCUUCAUUCUGAGUAUUAAUACCUUGCUACGUUAGCUUCCCUCCCCAGCAGCGGUGGAACUGCCAGAUCAUGUGGUCACCGGCCAGGAAGUGAAGCGACCAUGAUCUGACGGCACCGAUAGACGUCCAGCCAAUCACCUCAGACCUCUCUGACAUCAUGUAGGGUUGGAGGCCGAACGCUGCGUGAAAAAGCGCCGUUUCUACGAUCUGUGGCUCAUAUACGGUAUCUUAGCGCAAGGGAGUCACUGGAGGGGUGGGAACAUGUCUCAAACUGAUGAGCACAGCUCCGUAUUUAUGAUGAAAGAGCAAAAAAAUCGUUUUAUUUUAAAUAUUCAAAGAUCAAGUGACAUAAACUGACCAAAAAUUCAAUUUGCAGUAUGUAUAACUUCACCUUUUCAGUGUUUUUAUCGGUUUAAUAUUGUUUUUAUUUACAAUGUAUUUUUAUUUUAUUUUAAGCUGCAGGUUUUUUUGGGGGGUGUUUUUAAGUAUCAGGACUAGCAAUGAGUCUAACAGUAGCAACUUUUAAACUUUUAACUUUUUCAACUACAGGACAGUUUUUAAAAGCUGUCCUGUAGUGGAACGAGACUUGGAGGUUGGUUAUGAAGUGGUGUUGUGCCAUUAGGAGCCACAUUUGAUGACACGAUGGAGAAAAGAAGGGAGAGGACCGAAGGAAGAGCAAGUCUGAAAAACUGUGCAUUUUUAAAAACCUGUAAAAUAUCCACUUUAAUUUCUCAGCAGACUCAGUUUUGACACACUACAGAGAUUUGAUCAGUGUCUGCCUCGUUCCGUUAGCGAUCCAGUCGAGCUGCAGCUCUCAAGUUGAGAAGAAUCUUUCCACAACACGUUUUUCACUCUGCGAUUCUCCAUCACCACUCAGGCUGUUAUAAAGCAGCAGAUCUAAAGAUGGCGCCGUCUUUUCAUUUAGUGGCGACGCGUUUAAAAAAAAACAAAAACCAUUUUAUCAUCUCUGUGGCUUAAACUUCUCCCCAAGAGGUGAAAAUGCUUCAGGGAACUUCCCCUCCCCCACGUGUUGCUUUGUGCUGCCAGCUGUGCAUGUGAGCUGAGUGACGGCUAACUUUUCUUUCUCCCUUUAUCUGAAACAAAAGAUGCUGGUCAUUGCAUUGUACCUCAUUUAAAAGUAAAUUUCUAUAAACGUAUAAUCUGUGAGAACUGUUUAUGUAACUCAUAAACUAACACAUUAACUCAUGUAACAUAGUUAUGAACCUAUCAGAUCGUUCUCUUCAGUUGCCCAGGUGACAUGGCAGACAUGAUGGAGUUUAAUGUGCCUACUUUUGCUAUUUAAUCGUAAGGUUUUAAAAUCCCUCCUCUAGCACUUGUUUUAAAGGGUAGAGACCUCAAAAAGACAUCACUACUUCCUCUCCAUGCCUCUGCUGCUCUUUAACGCACUGAAGAAGGUUCUGGAAAACGUUGCUUUGUGUCUUGAAAGUUUGUGGAUUUCGGGCAGUUCAGUUGGUCUUAAAAUGAAGAAGUCGGGCAGAAGCUCUGAACUUUUCCCACACACCCAGUGAGAGCGAGGCGGUUUUUUUAUGCUUUCUGAAAGCUUCACCAAUAAGCACAAAGACGUGACUGGGAAAUAAAAAAUAAAACAAAAAUAGCAGAUUAAGUUGAUUGUGGAUCUUUUAUGAAUUGUCAAACCUAAUUUCAAACAAGAACUUUUUUGUUUUAUUUAAGCAUUAUUGUGAUUAUUAUUAUGAAUGUUAACUUUUACUUUGAAUGUUUUUUUUUAUACUUUUCUUUGUCCUGUCUACCAAUUUUGCGUAGGCAGCUCUGGAGGGAGGAGGAGUUACUUUUGGAAGUUUGUAACGAGAGAUGUUGUUGUGUACAUAAAUACAGAUAUUAAUAUUAUAAUUUGGUUUUUAAAUGAAUGCUUGCUUAAAAUAAUUAACUGACUGGCUUGAUAAGUGAGGAUCAGUGUUCAGUGUGGAGGGACGACCUCGCUCGGUGCAACUUCUCCGGAAAGUUUUCCAAAAGUUCUCCUGUUCUGAAAUGUGUUGGAAGGAAAAAUCUGCUCUGAAUUACAUAAAGGAUUUUGAGAAGAAAAA